ACAAACAUUUGAUCUAGCACGAGCAUUAAGCGCGUAGGGACAAAAAUGAUUAGCACAUUGCGUAUUGAAGAACCCCAAGCGCUCAAGAAGGUUCCUCUUGAGGAGGCAAAAUUUGCUCUUCCAUUUUCAUACGAAGUUGGUGAAAGCCGACGUGGCGGCAGCCGUGGUCUUGUAGUAAGAUACAAGCCACGAAACGAGGACCCAGAGGCUUCAGAGGCAUACAUCAGCUGGGCUGUCAAGGCUCGCGAAGCUGCCGCUGCUGCCAGCGCUGCCGCUAAAGGCGCUGCAGCGGCUUCGCCGGGGGCGUCGAAUGGUCCCCAAUCCGCUGCUGCUGCCGCCAGCGGUGCUUCUACUGACGCAGCCGUGGCGACGAAGCCCACCGUCGCUGCCAAAAUCUCUCCGCAGCAGCGGGCCCCCAGCGACAGCUACCUAGAGCUGGUCUUCCCCUUUAGCAGCAGCAAGACGCUGCGGGAGCAGUACCAGCGCUUCACCUCCAACAACAUGCGCUUCGGUUUGCUGCUUGAGGACUUGGACACGUUGGCCGGUGACAUCGCCGCUCGGCACGCCGGCAUGGAGGGCAAGGUGCUGCUGACCGCCUCCAUCGACCGCAUCUCCUGGCUCAAAGACCCCAGCAUGGGCGAGGUGUCGCUGGCGCACGACCUGCGCAUGGCGGGGCAGGUGGUGUGGGCGGGGCGCAGCAGCAUGGAGGUGCUGAUUGAGGUGUCGUACCAGCUCCCGGGGGCGGCCCAGUGGAACUACAUGGGCCGCGCGUUUUUCGUAUUGGUGGCGCGCACGCCGGACCGCAAGCGCGCGGCGGAGAUCCCGGCGCUGACCGUGCAGACGGCCCGGGAGCGGGAGCUGUUCAUGCAAGGGCAGCUGCACAUGCGGCAGCGGCAGCAGCGCCGCGACUCGCACUGGGCCCGCAAGGCGCCCACGGUGGAGGAAAUCGCCAUCAUCCACGACCUCAUCCGCACCCACCACUUCUCCCAGCCCGCUACCGCCUCCUCCUCCAACGGCCAGUCGCUAGCAGCCCCGGCCAACAUUGUGCCCAUGCGGCGAACCGUCCUGGAGAACAGCUGCCUCAUGCACACUCAGGACCGCAAUGUGUGGGAUGUGAUCUUCGGCGGGCACCUGCUGAGGCUGGCGUACGAGCACGCCUUCGCCACCGCCGCGCUGCAUGCAGGCGUGUACUGCCAGUCGCUGUCCAUGGACGACGUGGCCUACCUGCUGCCCGUGCCCAUCGGCGCGCUGCUGCGGCUGACGGGCCAGGUGGUGUUCGUGGACGGCCCCGUCAUCCGGGUGCACGUGCGCGCCAGCAAGGUGGAGCCGGGAGCUCCGGAGCAGGGCGUCACAACCAACAUGUUCAGUUUCGCCUUCAUGUGCCCCAGCGGCCCGGUGCGGCGGGUGGUUCCCGACACCAUGGUGGAGGCCAUGGAGUACGUGAUGGCGCACCGGCAGCACGCGGCGGACGGAGCCAGCCAGCAGUUCCUGGAGGCGCUGGCCAUGAGCAAGCUGUAAGGGGGUCGCGGCGUCACAAGCCAUGAAACCGGGUUCUGUAAGAACGCGAAUGGCGGCGCGGAUGGGGUUGGGGAGGCUGGGGAGGUUGCAGAUACUUGGGCUUGGCUGGAGGGCAGGAUUGCCGCGGCGGCGCAGGGUGUGGGGGAACGUGAUCUAACAUCGAUUUAACGUGUUGGUUAGGACCGGCUGUGUGCUGCAUGGAUUAUUGGGUGCAUGGUAUGGGGGUGGAAGGUGCUCCAAGGUGGACGAAGCGUUGUUGAGGACUGGCGGCUUGGGACGGUUUUGGCUGAGGGGUUGAAGCAAGGAGGUGGGCGUGAUACUGCUAUUUGGCUGCUGAGGUGGUUCUGCGGCUGUUGCAUGUCAUGGUACGGUAGUGUGUUAUUGUCCAGCGUGCGUGAUAAAGCUCGAUGUUGGUGCAUUGGACGGAGGGAUGCUGCUAUCCAUGGCGAGCGGAUCACGUUGGUUAAUCGAUCAAGAUGGUUGAUUAUGAUUUUGGCGAUUUGUUCCUUUUAAAUACUCGAAACGUGUAUGUGAUUUGAUUCAAAAGUGGGUUUUCACACUUCCACCGUUUGAACCAAGAUUCGUAUCAGCUGACGACUAUACAAGUGUUUCUCAAGACGUGACAAAGCUAGCGGACAAAUCAUCAACGUGACUUCCUGUUCCAGGUGCUGCCGACGGGCGCGACAUGUGUUCAACUAUGCUAUACUCCAUUACAAUUGAAC